AUGUUGCUCUUCGGCGGUCCUCAACUACUACGACUGUCUUGUGACAGAUGCCAUAAACGAAAACAGCGGUGCACUCGCACCACAGCCAACGACGAAAACCCCUGUCGACGUUGUAAGGAAGCUGGUGAAAAGUGUGUUUUCAGUCCUCCUCUGAGACUUGGCCGGCCCAGCAAACGACAGAAACAAGAAGGCAAACAAGAAGAGGCCAGAUACAGAGGCCAGGAGAGCAGUUUCUUGGCCAUUUCGAACCAAGAAAUGUCCACAACAAUUACUACGACGACGACUACUACAACAACACAAGAUGAGACCAGCUCAAUAUUGGAAACUUCCUCUAGCUUUUCCGUAGACAGCGUUGGAGAAAUCGCAAGGUCGCCUUCAGCCGACCAUCACGAGUUGGCCUGCUCGACAACGCCAAUGAACCACAAUGUCGCUCCAACGGCCUUUGAAGUUUGGCCAAUGGCUCUUGAGCAUUACCCCGACCCAACAAUGUCGGUCACGACGCCUGGAUUGUUCUGCGGAUCAACUACACACUACCACGACGAGGCAUGGUCAGACCUAUUAGACGAAAAGGCGCAUUCAGAGCCUCCAACCUCUUCCCACGUGGAGCCAUUGGAUCCAUUAUUGAUGGUCAUUACGGAAGCUUCAGCCAGCGAUUCUGCAAUAGGAUCAAUGGAUCACUCUCUCUCAGAAACAACAGAGCCAGCAAUCAUGGACCCGAUAUCACUUCUUUCACAAAUCCAGCUCAAACUCCACGGGAUUCAAACGCGGAGACCGCCGCAGACGGCAGAAUUGCAGGUCAUUAUGAACCAAACAGUUCAAAUAGCCCAGAAAUUCAUCGAGGUCUUGAACCAGAUCUUACCACCGCGUACAGCCGAAUCCAGCCCGGCAUCCACUCAUCAGCGUCAGCACACACCUCAUGCGGCGCCCGUUAGUGACACGUCAAUAUCAUCCAAUGAAGACUCAAACUUUCAUCUUGAAUGGACUGGCGGUAAGCAACCGAGAAGGCAACAACAAUACACAUCAACAGGAACCGUUGAUACGGUGGAGAUCCGGCUGGCACUUAUCUGCUACAUACAAAUACUCCGUAGCUACAAGAACCUAGUCCACAUGCUGGUCAACUCAGUCGCAAUGACUGAGGCACAACAGCAAGAUGACUUGUCGGAUUUUGUGCCUGUCCAGAUUGGCUCAUUACACACAGUGGUCAGCCCUCGUCUGCAAAUUGCGCUACUGGUGCAGUUAAUCUCGCAGCACACAGAGGAGAUCCGGCACAAGACUCGCCAGUUGGCGAGAAUUAACGAGGCACGGCCCAACAUGGAUCCAAGCCACCCGGGGGCUUUUAUCAGUAACAUGAUCGGCAAGGAUAUCCGUGGUGAGGAGGAGGAUUUGCGGGAUGGGCUGGAUUUGAUUUCAGAGAGACUCAAAAUUUGUUCACAAUUUCGAGAUCACCGAAGUUUGGAUCGAUAG